CUCAAAGUAAAAGAAGAAAACAUGAUGGAGAAAUAUGACAACAUGCUGUUAGCUCGACCCGAUAAAUAAUCCUUUUCAGGUGUUUACACGCUUAUUUUAGAGGUGAAAUGCCUCGUUACGCACAACUAGUUAUCGGUCCGGCGGGAAGCGGCAAGAGCACGUACUGUUCCACUAUAGUGCAACAUGCCGAGGCUAUAAACCGCUCCGUGCAGGUGGUCAACCUGGAUCCAGCUGCGGAGCACUUUGACUAUCCUGUCAUGGCAGACAUCCGUGAGUUGAUCCAGGUGGAUGAUGUGAUGGAAGAUGAUUCUCUCAGAUUUGGUCCUAACGGAGGCUUGGUCUUUUGCAUGGAGUACUUUGCUAACAAUUUUGACUGGCUGGAGGAGACUUUGGGUCAUGUGGAGGAUGACUACAUACUAUUUGACUGUCCAGGUCAGAUUGAACUUUAUACACAUCUCCCUGUAAUGAAACAGCUAGUUGACCAGCUCCAGCAAUGGGAAUUCCGAGUAUGUGGCGUCUUUCUAGUGGACUCUCAGUUCAUGGUGGAGUCUUUCAAGUUUAUUUCUGGUGUCAUGGCAGCUCUGAGUGCCAUGGUUUCCCUUGAGAUCCCUCAGAUAAACAUCAUGACCAAAAUGGAUUUGCUUAAUCCAAAAGCAAAGAAAGAAAUUGAAAAGUAUCUAGAUCCAGACAUGUAUUCAAUGAUGGAAGACAAUUCAGACUCGAUCAGAAGUAAAAAGUUUAAGAAGCUUACUCAAGUCAUCUGUGGGCUUAUCGAUGACUACAGCAUGGUGAGGUUCUUGCCCUUUGAUCGAACAGAUGAGGAGGGUAUUAACAUUGUGUUACAACAUAUAGACUUUUCUAUUCAGUAUGGUGAAGACUUGGAGGUCAAGGAACCUAAGAACUUGGAUGAGGAAGAGUUGAAUUAUGAUGAGAUUUUUGAAGGCAAACUUGACAGCUGAAAAGAAUAUGUACUGCGAUUGCCAUUUCACAGGACUGACAAAACAAGAUUAGAUUAUUUCAUGUACUGGACAUUUUAUGGAUGUGUUUUAAGUUAUAUAGAUUCUCAAUUGGUUUACACUAUGUUUUAUGUUAAAUAUAAAGGCAUUUUUAAAUUAAAAAAGUUACAAAAUGC